GUAAUUUAGUGGUCGCAUUAUCGUUGUCAAAUCAAACCUUUGUUGCGGACGGUCUGGAUGAGCUGGCGUCGUCGUCGGCGCAUCAGUCUAAACGUAAACGUUCGCUUGGCUGGAAUAAUUGGAAUGAAAGUAUGAUCAAAUUGAUAUUGAAGUAAAUUGAGUUUUGUGCACAGUCCGGCGAAGUAUUUGAAGGCCACAGGCGGGCAAAUUAGUUCACACUGCAUUCAUCAUCACCUCGGUCAGUGGCAGAAAUUGAACUGGACUGACGAGAAAUGGCAGCGUUUGACACCACUCAAGUACCGUUCAUCACCUCCACCCAGGUCGCGGGCGACCUCGUGCAAAGUGUGGAUGACCUGAGCCGCUCGCUGCAACGAUUCAAUUGGCCCGACUACCUGGUGUUUGUUAUGAUGCUGGUCAGCUGCAUCUUUAUUGGAAUCUAUUUCGGAUAUCAGGACCAUAUGAAGCACAAAUCUCAGAAAACUGCUCGUCGGGACUCGGAAGCUUUGGAUUAUCUGGUUGGGGGAAGGAAAAUGAAAAUUUUUCCGGUUGCAGUUUCAUUGGUAGCCAGUUGGAUAUCUGGCAUAUCACUUCUUGGGACAUCAACGGAAAUCUACGUUUACGGCACGCAGUACUGCUACAUAGUGUUCGCUGUCAUUGUGAUGGGAUUCGUAAUGCACUACAUAUUUUUGCCCGUGUUUCAUGAUUUGCAAAUCACGUCGGCUUAUGAGUAUUUACAGAUGCGUUUCGAUCAGCGAAUGCGAAUAUUUGGAUCGAUUCUUUAUAUGGUGGCCUGUUUAUUAUGGAUGCCUAUUGUGAUUUAUGUGCCAGCAUUGGCGUUUAAUCAAGUGACUGGGAUCAGUAUUCAUUCGAUAACUCCGAUUGUCUGUGUAAUAUGUAUUUUCUACACGAGUGUGGGCGGCAUGAAGGCCGUUGUUUGGACGGAUGUCGUUCAAUCCGGUGUCACGAUGGGUGCCAUGCUGGUGGUUAUCAUCAAAGGCAUAAUCGAUGUUGGCGGACCGGCCGUUAUUUGGGAACGAAACCUGGCAAGUGACCGCAUCGAGUCUCCGAAUUUCGAUCCGGAUCCAACACUGCGGCACUCGGCGUGGACGAUUCUGAUUGGUGGAUCGGUUUGGUAUACUUACGGAGUUUCGUGCAGUCAGGAUAUGAUUCAGCGUUUUCUGUCAUUACCAUCGCUCAGUGAUGCCAGAAAAGCUUUGAGGGGAUUCAUUUUCUUUUUGAUUUUAACUUUUUCGGUUUUAUUUUGUCUGGGAAUGUUGAUGUAUGCUACUUAUCAUGAUUGCGAUCCUCUGUCAACUAAUUUGGCAAAAGCGAAGGAUCAAUUAGUACCACUGUUUGUGAUGGACAUUUUUAAGGAUUAUCCUGGCGCGGCCGGUGUUUUUGUUGCGGGAAUAUUUAGUGCGGCACUCAGUUCCCUGUCAUCAGCAUUAAAUGCAUUGGCAGCUAUCACCUACGAAGAUUUCUGUAAGCCAUAUUUCGGAAACACACUUUCGGAAGCACAAAUUGGCUUUGUACUACGAGGAUCAGUUUUGUUAUUCGGCAUUGUUUCAGUUGUGUUCAUUUAUAUUGUUGAGCAUCUCGGAGCGGUAAUGCAGCUAACCAUGACACUCAGUUCAACGUCAGGAGGACCUCUACUAGGGCUUUUCGUGAUGGGUAUUCUCAUGCCUUGGGUUACAGCUUCUGGAGCUCUGUACGGAGGCAUCGCCGGACUGCUGUCGAUGUGUUAUCUGUGUUUUAGAUCGCAGGCAUCCAUUGCAACUGGUCAAGUUGUCUACUCAACAAAAACGGUUGAUGUAUCGGGAUGCAGCUAUCAAUAUGCUAACGUUACCAAACCGGAACCAACAUUUGAUGAGCUGGAGAAAUCGCUGCAUCAUGUUUCAUAUUUAUAUUUCACUCUUUUUGGUACUGUUGUGACAUGCACCGUUGGAUCGCUAGUCAGUUUACUGAAAGAUUGGAAUAAUAAGAGUAAACCAGACCCCAAAUUAUUGGCUCCGUUCGUUAGACAAUAUGUCACUCCAUUGACGAAUCCAGCUGAACAGAAACUUUUGAACAUGAAACCACCGAUAUAAAUGUAGUUUUCUUUCUGCAAUCACCCACGGAGUUCGACUAAAAUUAAGAGUAAUUUUUAUUUAUCUUAACUCAUCCAGUAAUUGAUUCCACGAAAAUUUUUGAUCAAAGUAAGAUAAAAUAAUAAUAAGAAUGAAAUUUUCGUAACAUUGCAGUUAAAGGCGUUCAAAAAAGCUUAAAAAAAUGUUUCCUCUCACGUAGUACUAAAUUAGUGUGAGUGGUAAAUUUGUAUGUACAAAGGACACUGAAAAUAAACAAUGAACUUGGUUACGGUAACCAUUUGUGCAUGCCGCCCAA